CACUAGUCAGCAUCUCUCCGAUUUCUACACAGAGGAGGGCAAAUGCAGCAGCCAGGGAACUCACGUAGAACGAGUGUCUAACAUCUGAGCGUCUUUCAGGUUAACAAGAGGAAGUUGGUUAACUUUGACCGAAGAACACCAGUCAGUACAAACGCUUGCGCGGGAACUUCAAGCCUUCCAUUCUGAGGGUUUUUGAUGCAACUUUUGGGUGAAGAUUCCACCAUGAAGCAUUUGUCCAUCUCUAAAUGGCUAAGUCAGCUGGGGCUACCUCAAUACUGCAUGCUUUUUGAUGAGGAAUAUGAUGGAGUGGAGGACUUGUUGCACCUCACAGAGAUGGAUCUAUUGGGUUUGGGGGUCCAAAGUCGCCUUCAUCGCAUCCAUAUUCUGUCCAGUAUCCAAGUGCUGCAAGAGCGUGAAACAAAGAGAGAGCUGAGGAUGAUGGCAGAGGGGAGGUUUUCCAGUCUGCCCAGAAACAUGCACGUUGGGCGACAAUGCCCACUGGCCUCCUCUAUGGAUCUGCUGAGCUCACAGCCUGCCAUGGCCGAGAUGGCGCCCAGCGUCUACCAGGGCGUCUCCAUUCAUGGCACUCUGCCUCGCAAGAAGAAGAGCGGCACUGGUGCCCCCGCGAGGCAGUGGGAGAUAAAUGUAAAUGUGACAUCAACAGCAGCAUACCCGGGCCGAUAUCGACUGCCUCCUUCACCGCUAAUACACAACAUUAUAGAAGAGCGCCAGGCUUUCUUCUCAGAUAGGAAUGGCAGCAUGGCAUCCAGGGACUCUGCAGGCAUGGACCCUACACUGGAGUAUGUUAAGUUCUCAAAGGACAAAUACAUCAUGGAUGGACCACCGGAGAAGCUUCGGAGAGAACUAGAGGAGGAACUGAAACUAAGCAGUGAGGAACCACGGAGCCAUGCCUGGUAUCAUGGAGCAAUCCCCAGACAGGUGGCUGAAAACCUAGUCCAGCGGGAUGGAGACUUUCUGAUUCGGGAUUCGCUGUCCAGUCCAGGAAACUAUGUCCUGACCUGCCAGUGGAAGAACAGCCCCCAGCACUUCAAAAUUAAUAAACGAGUAGUAGCCAUGAACGAGGCCUAUUCACGUGUUCAGUACUUGUUCGAGAAGGAAGGAUUCGACAGCAUCCCAGCGCUAGUGCGAUACUACGUGGGCAACCGUGAGCCUGUGUCUUUAGUUGUCGGAGCGAUUAUCUUUCAGCCAAUCAACAGAUCUCUGCCUCUGAGAUGCCUGGAGGAGAAGUAUGGUGUGGGAUCUAUACACAUGGAGGCUGGAUUACUCAGAGAGGAAGAGCCUGAUUCGAAACGGUUGAGUUUGAAUAUCAUGAAUGGACACGCCAGCCGUGGGAAUCUCCUCAGCAACAAGGAUAAGUGUGGGAGUCAACCAGCAUGUCUAAACCAUGUUCAGGAGAGGAGACAUCCACUAAAGACCCAUCAGUCGGAGAGCUUCCUCCCAAUCGGCUGUAGGCCCCAGGCUCAAAUUCAACAUAUGGAGCACCAGCAGUGCCCUAAAUCGCCAGUAUUCCGAACAGGAAGUGAGCCAGCCCUGAGCCCCACAGUGCCACGCAAAAUGGCCUUUGACAUGCCUGGUGAGGCCAUCCGUGGAUCUGACAGCCAGCUGUGUCCCAAGCCGCCCCCUAAACCCAGCAAGGUGCCCUCAAUGAGAACAUCCUGCACCCCUGGCCUGCAGCCUCUCAUCCCUCCUGUACUCCCAGUAAAGCCCCACAAACAGCAACAUUCAUCUCAGCAACAACAGCAGUUGGGUAGCCCAUCAAGUCCAGAAAUAAGCUACUGUGAACUGAGUCCAUGCACCCCUGCCGAAUGGGAAAAAAUGAACAGACAGCAGGCCAACGGCUAUGUGGAACGUCUAAAGACUGAAGUGUUACAAAGAACUGAUAGCAACAUUAAGCUGGACUGUAGUUCCUAUAAUAAUACAAUUGAGGCCCUGGACAAUGACUGUAAGGAUAACAAUGAGGGGGAUAAAGAACAAGAACAGAAUGCCAAGAAAUUUUGUGGUUUCCAAAGACCUGUGUUUGAAACUGAAUCAGUGUUUAAACCAGGAGACACAAACUUCAGGCUUCUGCCAGUGGAGAACAAGCCAUUGGAGAUGUCAGUGUUGAAGAAAGCCAAAGAAAUCGUCAUCAGUCAAGAUCCAAAGACGAUCGCAAAACAUAUCCUGCAAACAGACUGUCAGGUUGCUAGGAUACUGAAUGUUUCUGAGGAGAUGAAAGGUCAAAUGGGUGUGACCUCUGGGCUAGAGUUGGUGACCCUUCCUCAUGGGAGACAGUUGCGUCAGGACCUCAUGGAAAGGCAUAACACCAUGGCAAUUGGUGUUGCUGUGGAUAUCCUUGGGUGUACAGGAAGUCUAGAGGAGAGAGCUGCCACCCUAAACCGGAUCAUUCUGGUUGCCCUGGAACUAAAAGACUCCAUGGGAGAUCUUUAUGCCUUUUCCUCCAUAAUGAAAGCAUUGGACAUGCCUCAGAUUACCAGAUUGGAUCAUACGUGGACAAUCUUACGGAGGAAAUAUACACAAACAGCCAUUUUUUACGAGAAAUCAUUGAAACCAUUUUACAAAGGACUCUAUGAAGGAAGUGCUGAAAUUCCACUGAGCAACGCCAGCAUUCCGUUGCUAAUGCCUCUACUCACUCUAAUGGAGCGGUCUGCUGUCACUUUCGAAGGCAUGGACGCCUGGGAGAACAAUGACCAAGGCUGUGAAAUCAUGUUCCGCCACCUAGAGGGAGCUCGUGCUGUUGCACGCAAUGCAGACACCUACACCUGCAACGCACAGCGGAUCCUCAACAACUUCCAACCUAAUGGUGACAUGAUGGAGAUCUUGAGGACUGAUUUCCAGUUGCGUCUGCUCUGGGGCAGCAGAGGAGCAGCUGUGAACCAGACGGAGCGAUAUGACAAGUUCAAACUCAUCCUCACAGCCCUCUCCAGAAAACUAGAACCUCCAAUCAAACACACAGAACUCUGAAAUAAAGUGACAACCUAUAUAACAAAUUAAUUAUGAGACUUUCUGAACAAGAAAAAACGUGUGAAUUCCUGCAUAUAUAGAGCCACAUCAAAGUUGCAGCUGGAAAUAAUCUCCAUCUACACAUGAUCUUUAAAAGAGUCAGCUUGAUACUUGGAAGCUAUUUAUGACUUUGGAGUAGUUUCUUCUAUAUAGACUUUCCAGAAGUGUGUUGUGCUACACACUUAUGACUGGUAAAGUGGGCUGGUACCAAUUUUGCUUUUAAGAGUGUCAAAGGAGGAUAUGUCCAUGAAAAAUAUCUAGUAGCAAAAAUGUCAGGCACCAAAAAUAAAAAGAGGAAAAAGAUUGCAAAGGCAGAAAAAAGAGAGGUGUGGGGAAAAAAAGAAAGAAGCUCUGAGAUCUGCCUUAGACAUUUUAUUUUAUUAUGCUCAUUGGUCAAAACAAUGUUCUAUUUAAAAAUCUCACAAGGAAAAUAGUGUGCAUAAUCAUCACUAAUGUAAGCAUGUGAAGGCUAGUUAAUGUAUUAUAUUGUAUUAAGUAUUAUUUACCUGUAAAUAAUGUCAUCCAUAAAAUGUAAACAAAUUCAGAAAAAUAAUAUCUAAUAAAUGUUUUUAAUUCUGUUAAAAAAAAUCUGUUUAUUUCCUCUUGAUAUUCAAUAUUAAAUUCUAUUACAUUGCAUAUAUUUGUAGACUACUGCAAAUAAGGAAAAGGACACAUCCUUAAACUUUAUCCAUCUGAUAAUCCACUUUCAGUCAUGACUUGUUAAUACUAGUGUAAAACCUGGAAAGGUGGGGAAGGGUUUGAUUGUUCCAGUGUAAAAUAGAAGUGUUGGACUUAUUUACUUCAAAGUCAAUAGUUCUGUGGAAGUCAAACUUAGAAGAGCAUAUCCGAUUCCCAGAGAUUGAUCUUAUAUACUAGCAUUAUAAAAACGAGGAAUUUGAACAGCAAACCUACUGUAAAAUAAAUUACACUCAGUUGAAUGCAAAGAAAUAACAUGCCAUU